AUGUCCGUCUCUGCCGCUCGAAAUCUGGUCCGCAUGAUCACACCUCCUUCCCAGGUUGCCAGCGCUUUGGAUUGGAGGAAACAUACUGGCGGCGCCAUCCUUUCCUUGGACAUUCACAAAAACAGCAUCGGCCUGGCCAUUGCCGCCCACCCUUCACUUCAAGAGCACGCUACUCUGUUGAGCUCAAUACCUUUGCAAAACCGAGGCAAAGUAUCGGAGCAGGACAAAGAUUAUCUGGCCGAUGUCAUCAAGACCAACAAGGUUUGCGGUGUCGUGGUAUCUUGGCCGUUACAAGAAGGGACGGCCAAGAUGGGCCAUGCGGCAGGUCGCGUCUUUCACACAUUGGAAGGCUUGGUCAAUGAAGAAGACAGCGAAUCUUCGGCAAGAAUUGUCUCUCUUUUGCACCUCAAACCUCUUUGUUUGUGGGACAGCGAACAUGCGGAAAACAGCGAGCCAGAAGACAUUUUUGGCCGGAGUCCAGCCUAUUGUCGGACUUCUAGUAAACAAGAACACCGGGCUUCGGAGGAACAAUACAACCAAGACGAGAAAAUUGUCGCGACUGGUGUUUUGGAGGACUUCUUGCAUGCAUUCUGGCCUGACGUUGUCAGCAAGCAGCCGACUAUGAUGGCAGUCUCGUCUGAUGAUGAGCAAGAAGACGAAGGACCAAAGAUCGCAAUGGCAUAA